UAUCCCAGAAGUCAAUGCACACACUCUCGAACUGGCUUGUGUGCCAAGACCAUAGACGGCCAAAACUGUCAAUAUGGCGGACGUGCUGGAUCUGCAUGAAGCGGGAGGCGAGGAUUUUCCUAUGGAUGAGGAUGGUGAUGAGAGCAUCCAUAAGUUAAAAGAAAAAGCCAAAAAAAGGAAGGGACGAGGUUUUGGAUCAGACGAAGGAGCAAGGUCUAGAGCUAGAGAGGAUUAUGACACGGUGGAACAGGAUGGUGAUGAGCCAGGCCCACAGAGAUCGGUGGAGGGCUGGAUUCUGUUUGUUACUGGGGUACAGGAAGAGGCCACUGAGGAGGACAUCCAUGACAAGUUUGCAGAGUUUGGGGAGAUCAAAAAUCUACACCUAAACCUGGACCGGAGGACAGGCUAUCUGAAGGGAUAUGCUCUUGUGGAGUAUGAGACGUAUAAAGAGGCCCAGGCUGCCAUGGAAGGACUGAAUGGCCAGGACCUCAUGGGCCAACCAAUCAGUGUGGACUGGGGCUUUGUAAGAGGACCACCCAAAAGCAAAAGAAGGGGUGGGCGGAGACGCAGUAGAAGCCCUGACAGGAGGCGGCGCUGAUUCACUCCAUCUUCAAUUUCACUGGAUACAGCCAGGCUGCUGACCUUUCCACCAGCCAAUGGGAGACUGGCAAAGGGAGUUUUAUUUAUAUAUACUAUAUUAUGGUGACCCCUCUGAAAGAGAUCAUUUUAUUAGAUUUGUUGUUUUUAUUUGCCUUGCUGAUCUCAACACUGGCAGUUUAGGGUGAAUUUUCAGGUUUACAAAGUUUCUAAGGCAGAUAAGCUAGCCAAUUUGUUAUUAAUAAAAAAAUGGUUUUCAUCAUUCUGUAUUUUAAUGCUCUGAAGAACUCAUGGUCAUGGUCUUUCUGAUGGUUUAGUAGUACCACCAGUCCUUUUUAAACUGUUUUAAAAAAUAAAUUGUUUAUAUUGGA